AUGUCUUUCAUCGAUACAACCAAAGAUCUCCCUACCCUCUUCAAGAAACAAGUGGAGGCGACUCCCAAUGGCAUUGCGCUGGAAGACGGGACCACCACAUACACAUACGCCGAGCUCGACCAAGAAGUCGAUGCGCUGGCCACUCGACUCCGACUGUAUGGCGUCAGCCGUGAUUCGUUGGUUGGAGUGUUACUUCCUCGCAGCGCCCACUACGUGAUUGCCUGUUUGGCAGCGCUUCGUGCGGGUGGUGCAUUUCUUGUUUUGGAGCUCGCGUACCCCGCGGGGCUGUUAGCCGACGUUAUCGAGGACGCCUGCCCCGCCGUUGUCAUUACCCACCAAGUGGAGGCCCCCCGAGUAAAAGCACAAUGCCCGGUGAUCGCAUUGGACGAGCCCACAGCCGAAGUGAACGGAUAUACGAAAGAGGCCGCACCACUACCAGUGGAUGAUGAUCUGGACCGUCUGGCUUUUGUUUCUUACUCUUCCGGCACCACAGGCAAGCCCAAGGGAAUUGCCAACCCCCACAGAGCGCCCGUGCUCUCAUAUAACCUGAGAUUUGGAGUUCAGGAUUUGCAACCGGGCGACCGGGUAGCUUGCAAUGUAUUUUUCAUUUGGGAGAUGCUGCGCCCGCUGUUGCGUGGUGCGACUGUCGUGACAGUUCCCGACGAAGUCAGUUAUGAUCCUGCAGCUCUGGUGGAUCUCCUUGCCUCUAAGCGCAUUACCGAAACCUUGAUGACCCCAACAUUGCUUGCUACUGUGCUUGCUCGCUAUUCUGCCGGUCGCAUUGCGACACGUUUGCCCGAACUACGAACACUAUGGCUAAAUGGCGAGGUGGUGACCAUGGAUCUGGCCCGUCGGACGAUCAGCUCUUUGCCCGACACACGAUUAUUGAACUGCUAUAGUGCAUGCGAGACGCACGAAAUCGCAUGCGGAGAUAUUCGGGAUAUGAUUGAUGACUCUAUCUACUGCCCUGUCGGUCCUCCUCUUGACCCAGAGCACAUGUAUAUUUUGAGCGAGAGUGGUGAGCGGGUGGAGGUUGGCACUGCUGGAGAACUGUUUAUCGGUGGAGAUCUCCUCGCCCGAGAAUACCUAAAUCUUCCAGAGACAACAGCCAAGGCGUUCACCCAAGAUAAGUUUGAUGCCACCCCUGGUGCUCGGAUGUACCGAACUGGCGAUUUGGCUCGACAGCUGCCUUCGGGACUUCUGGAGAUAACCGGUCGAGUGGGAGCCAUGAUCAAACUUCGCGGAUACUCUGUUGUGCCUGCAAAGGUGGAGAGUGAUAUUUGCAAUUAUUUGGCUGUGAGCCAAUGUGCCGUCGUUGCUCACGGAGAUGGUCUGGAGCGACAGCUGGUCGCAUACGUUGUGACAGAUGAUGAAGCGGGAGAUCGUCCGGCAGUUGAUGUAAACGAAGCUGGUCAUAGCCCGGCCGCGCGCCGUGUGCUGGAGGAGCAUCUCGCUCACUACAUGAUCCCUGCACAAUGGGUGGUCUUGAAAGAGCUCCCUACUAGUGAGGUCUCUGGUAAGGUCGAUCUCAAAAGCCUUCCCCCACCGCGCAGUGCUAGCCCUGUGAGCAGCGAGCAGUCGGUGGAUAAGGACCCCAUUGGCAUCAAAGAUAUUGCUGUUAUCUGGGCCAAUGUCCUCAAGACCUCAAAGGCUCUCCUAAAGCCCGAAGAUAACUUCUUUGAUCUGGGUGGCCACUCCUUGUCCCUCGCGGACUUGGCAUCCAGAGUGUCCAAACAGUUUGGCUUCCGUGUGCCCAUUCCACGUCUCGCAGAGAACGUAACACUCUCCGGUCAUCUGGAUACAGUGCGCGCCAUCCGCGAUGGACACACUGCAGCCGUCCAAGCUGAUCUUCCAGCUGUUCUGUUGGCCGACUCCACUUUGAACGACGAUAUUAAACCUCUGCCCAACACCACCAUGACUUCUAUUGCCUCUGCGGAGACUGUUCUUUUGACCGGUGUGACUGGAUUCUUGGGUGCCUUCCUACUAAGUGACCUUCUUGAGAACACUACGGCACAGAUUAUCUGUCUGGUCCGAUUCAGUGAUCCGGAAGAUGAUGAUCAGGCUGGCGGUGUUGCUCGUAUCCGUCGCAACCUUCUGGACCUCGGACUGUGGCGUGACACCAUCAUGGAGCGUGUGGAAGUUCUCCCUGGAAAUCUUUCCAGACCUCGUUUCGGGUUGUCGCGCGAAACUUUUGACGACCUUGCCUCUCGAGUCCAAGUCAUUGUGCACGCUGCGGCUACCGUCAAUCUGGUCUACCCGUACGCUGCACUCCGUGACGCCAACGUUGGUGGAACAAGAGAGAUUCUCCGUUUGGCCUCUAAGGGUGGUGCCACAGUCCAGUAUGUCUCGACGAACGGUGUUUUGCCCCCCUCUCCUACUGGCGGGCGCGGCUGGACUGAGGAUACCAUGCUGGAUAUUGCGGAUGUGCCCACGAAGCUGCUGGACGGCUACGGCCAGACCAAGUGGGUUGCUGAGCAACUCGCUCUCAAAGCUAGUCAACGCGGAAUGCCAGUCAAAAUCCACCGAUGCGGAACUAUCAGUGGGCACAGUCUGACAGGUUCCGCAAAUGCGUGGGAUCUGCUCACUGCAUUGAUGGUAGAGUCCAUCCGUCUGGGGUAUGCACCAGACGUUGAUGGCUGGCGGGCGGAGAUGACUCCUGUGGACUUUGUCAGUCAGUCCAUCGUUCAUCUAGCCACGCAGACACAGAAAGUUGAGAACCAACCCGAGCAGACGGUCUAUCACUUGGGCGAUCCUGCUCCGAUCAAUACUCGCACUGUCUUUGAGUAUCUGGCGGAGCUUGGUUACCCCACUCAACUACUUCCCUGGGACGAAUGGGUAGCUCUAUGGACGGAUAAGCGUGGUUCGACCAAGGGUGGAGAUGGUGCAUUCACUGUCGAUAUUCUUCGCAGCGGUAUGCCCACCGUGGAGUUCCUUCGCGGAAUCGUGGUCUUGGAUAAUGCCAUGACUAGACCGUUCCGCAAGGCUGUCGAAAGACCCAAGGUGGACCCCCUCCUGCUCGAAACUUAUGCCCGCCACUGGUUCGCUCGUGGCUGGCUGCCUAAGCCUCCAUCCCGCCGUCAAGCUCUUGGCCGCUCACUUGCCCCCCGGCAAGUUGUCCGCGGCCCUCUCAGUGGACAGGUCGCAGUUGUCACAGGUGCUUCGUCAGGCAUUGGCGCUGCAGUAGCAGCCGCACUCGCCAAACAAGGAUGUGCUGUUGCACUCGGCGCCCGACGACUAGAUGCCCUGGAAUCAGUCAAGCGCAACGUCGAAUCCUUUGGCGUGAAAUGCAUCAUCCGUUCAACAGACGUGACCAAUAAGACAGAAACCGAGGCCCUCUUCCAAGCCGCUCGCGACGAGCUAGGUGAAAUUGACAUCCUCGUCGCCUGCGCCGGUGUCAUGUACUUCACCAUGAUGGCAAACACCAAAACAGAUGAAUGGGAACGUACCGUAGACGUCAACUGCAAGGGCCUGCUGAACUCACUCUCAUCCUCAGUCCCCAGCAUGCUUUCCCGCGGCAAGGGCCACAUUGUGGCUAUCUCUUCUGAUGCAGGUCGCAAGGUCUUCCCCGGUCUGGGCGUAUACUCUGCCAGCAAGUUCUUCGUCGAGGCUACCCUCCAAGCUUUGCGUCUCGAGACUGCUGGAGCUGGGUUAAGGGUUACAAGUAUCCAGCCCGGUAACACAUCGACUCCGUUGCUGAAUAUGUCCACUGAUGCAGAGGCGGUUAAGAAGUAUGGUGAGCCGUCUGGUGCGAAGAUUCUUGAUCCUUCCGACGUGGCCAAUUCUAUUGUUCAUGCUCUUACUCAGCCGGAACAUGUCUCCGUCAAUGAGGUUCUGGUGGAGCCAAGGGAUGAACCUAUUUGA